AUGGUUUCAUCUCUGUCGAUUGAAGAGUUCCUGGAACCCUUGUCCGUCGACAUCGACAAGAUCAACCGCCUGUCUCGGCUCUUUCUGCAAACGUUUGAGAACCUCGCUGCCGAUUCUGAGAACCAGUUCUUACCUACGCCUAUCUCUGAAGCUAUUCUUCGACCACAGGCCAAGAGACGGCAGGGAUGUCACUUAGCCAUAGAUAUAGGCGGUACAAACCUGAGAGUGGGCUUUGUUCAACUUGGCAACGAUUCUAACCAAAGUAACGGCCAUGCCAUCAAUGGAGAAGACGGCAACUCAUCCAAACGACAUAUCAGAAGGCUUUUGGAGAAAUCUUGGCCCAUCGACGAGCACCUCAAGAACCAAAACCCCGAUAGCCUCUUUCUCUGGAUCGGGGAAUGUAUCGCUGAGGUCGUCGGUGAUGGAUGUGAGACGCUCAAUCUACCGGCCGACCAAACGAUGCCGCUUGGUGUAACCUUUAGUUUUCCCAUGGUACAGCACUCCAUUUCACAGGCCACGCUCAUGCCCAUGGGCAAAGGGUUCGCCAUCUCUUCCGACCAGGACCUAGGCGACCGCCUCACGGAUGGAUACAAUCAAGCAAAGUCACCCGAACUACCUCCCAUUCGAGUCGAAGCAAUCGCCAAUGACUCGGUGUCAACGCUGGUAUCCUUCAUUUUCAACUUCGACGAAGCUGAGAACAGACGCGCAUCACUUGGACUUAUCCUCGGAACAGGGUGCAACGCAACUAUUCCUCUGAAGCUGAGCCAGCUGAACCUCUCCAAGCGUCCACAGAGCGUUGUUGCCCGACCGGAAGAACGAGCAGAGGACGUCAAGAUUGCGAUCAAUACUGAAUGGAGCAUCAAUGGUACUGCACCGCCCUUGCAUGAAGUUGGGUUGGUGAGCCAAUGGGACAAGGACCUGGACUCUGAAGGCGAGCUACACGGCUUCCAGCCUCUGGAGUAUCUCACAUCAGGACGUUACUUGGGUGAGCUGGGACGGAUUAUGCUGGUCGACUACUUGACGAAGCACAAGGGUAUUGCGUCAGAAGAUUUGCCAAAGAAGUUGUUGCAGCGGCACAACCUAACGACGACGUUCUUGAGUCACUUUAAGCCCCUCCGGCCAUCGGAUCUUGUAGCCAGUCUGCAGCACGAGUUUCCCGAGUCAUCAGGAUCACCGACAUUUGUAUGGACUGAGAAUAUUGCCACAGCCGUAUAUCGAAUCGCCAAGGCCAUUGAGGUUCGGGCAGCUGGUAUCGUGGCAGCAGCGACAUUGGCUCUGCUCACUCUUGCAGGAGAUGUUCCCGCCGAGGGAUCAAAACCACCAGUCCAGAAGUAUGAACUCGGCGUAGGUUACACAGGAGGAUGCAUCGUUCACUUCCAGGACUACCUGAUCGACUGCCAGCGCUUUCUAGACCUACUUCUGCAGCAACGAUUCGGCGACGACAACCCGUUACGAGUCGUACUCAGCCCGUGUCACGACGGAGGCGUUACGGGAGCGGGGAUACUUGUGGCUGCAGCUUCACAGAGCAAGACGAUAGAUAACUAG